CUUUUUUCUUUUUGUUGAGAUCAUGUCAUGAUUAGAGCUUCAUAAUGUAUCACUAUCAGUGAUUUGCAUCACCAAAAUUAGGGUUCAAAUGAAGCUCAACGGUUAAGUCUUCUUUCUUACUUUUUGCCCAAUUGAUUUUGGGGAAAAAGAAGAUGUCAGUUCUUGCAGAACUGAAAGAGCGGCAUACGGCUGCAACUGAGACCCUCAAUGGUCUCAAAGAUAAACUGAAGCAGAAGCGUCUUCUUCUUCUCGACACCGAUGUUGCGGGUUACGCGCGUUCGCAGGGUAAGACUCCGGUGACUUUUGGCCCCACUGAUCUCGUUUGUUGUCGGACACUGCAGGGGCACACCGGCAAGGUCUAUUCACUGGACUGGACGCCUGAAAAGAAUCGUAUUGUGAGUGCAUCCCAAGAUGGCAGAUUGAUUGUAUGGAAUGCUCUCACAAGCCAAAAGACUCAUGCAAUCAAGCUACCUUGUGCAUGGGUCAUGACUUGUGCCUUCUCUCCUGGUGGGCAAUCUGUUGCCUGUGGCGGCCUAGAUAGUGUUUGCUCCAUUUUUAACCUGAAUUCUCCGAACAACAAAGAUGGGAAUCUGCCAGUAUCAAGAAUGCUCACUGGGCAUAAGGGUUAUGUGUCCUCAUGUCAAUAUGUUCCCGAUGAAGAGACACAUUUGAUUACAGCUUCAGGUGACCAGACGUGUGUUUUAUGGGAUAUAACUACUGGGCUAAGAACGUCUGUGUUUGGAGGUGAGUUUCAAUCAGGGCAUACUGGUGAUGUUCUAAGUGUUUCCAUCAAUGGAUCAAACUCCAGAAUGUUUGUGUCUAGCUCUUGCGAUACAACUGUGCGUCUGUGGGAUACUCGUGUUGCCAGUCGAGCUGUUCGAACUUUUCAUGGUCAUGAAGGAGAUGUUAAUACUGUGAGGUUCUUUCCAGAUGGGAAUAGAUUUGGAACAGGUUCUGAUGAUGGAACUUGUAGACUAUUUGACAUUCGGACCGGGCAUCAGCUACAAGAAUACAGUCGACCUUAUGGUGAAAAUGGGGUUCCUCAUGUUACCUCAAUUGCAUUUUCAAUCUCUGGUCGACUCCUCUUUGCUGGGUACACCAAUGGUGAUUGCUAUGUAUGGGACACUCUAUUGGCAAAGGUGGUCUUGAACUUGGGAUCUCUUCAAAAUUCUCAUGAUGGUCGGAUCAGCUGUUUGGGACUGUCCGGUGAUGGAAGCGCCUUGUGUACAGGUAGUUGGGACACAAGCCUCAAGAUUUGGGCUUUUGGAGGGCAUAGAACAACAGUGACAUGAGUUGUGGAGACUGCGAUUGUUCAAUUCCGAUUUCUCUGGCGAAUGGGCUUUUCCAUGAUCUCUUUUUCAAGAGUAGUCUAGUGUCCCAGUUGUGGAUACGUAGUACUCUAAUAACUGUAUAUAUAUUUUUUGUUGUUGAAAUCUCUGUCGUAGUUAAAAGACAGCUUCCUUAGCUGAAUUAUAUUUAUGAAAGAUUUUGACUCAAUUCCGCUAAAAACUACU